GGUUCGAUAGUUGUUUCGUGUGUGUAGUAGUGUUUCCUCACCAGCUCGCACUGCCUUCCGUGCCCAUAGCGUUGCUCUGGUCGUGACUUUUGUCGGCGGAGGCUCUCUCCGACGAUCUGGCCGACGAAAUCGAUGUUCAGUUUCCCUGAUUCAACUCCCGACCUCAUUGACGACUCGUGCUACGAGCCAACGGCGUUACUUUGUCGUGACUUUCGUCGGGGAAGUCCUCGCCUCCGACCUGACCGACGAAAUCGACUGCAGUCACGAUUCCAGCGACGAGCCAGUAGCGAUGUUCCUUUGGUCGUGACUUUUGUCGGGGGAUGGUCUCUUUUCCGGAUUGACCGACGAAAUCGAAGGCUUCGGUUUGAAGAAUUCCCGCUUUUAUUUGUUUAUUAAUUCUUUUUUAUUGUUAUGUGCCUUCGUUUCGCUCUUUCGACAACCGGUGGCCCAUUCUUCUCUCUCUCUCUCUCUCUCUCUAGAGUCGACACCCAUCGAUCAGAAUGGAGCACGGGAAACCCUAAUCUCAGGUCUCUGAAGAGGGGAAGGAGAGGACGGUUUAGGGUUAGGUUUCGGCCAUGGCAUCGUCUCGUGCCGUGCUCGGGCUGCCAGUGAAGUGGCGGACCUUUGGGAAUGGAGCCCUCGUGGAGAGACGGAGGGUUUUUGCUCUAGGUGAUGUUGCCUCCUCUUUUGCUCGCGACGGGGAAAGAAAGCUCCUCGGGCAUCUGGCCCUAGUGGCCAAAUCGCAUUCCAGCCGGGGGGAGAUCUCUGGGCAAGCGAAGCUGAGGGUGUUGGAGGCUCCGGCCGCAGAAAAUUGGCAGAUUCUAUCCGGGGUGGAGAUUCCGGUGACUUGUUUUCAGCUUCUAGGUGUUACAGCGCAAUCAGAAAAGGAUGAGAUUGCCAAAGUUGUGAUGGAGUUGAAAAGUUCAGUGAUUGAAGAUGGAUAUACUGCAGGCACCAUUGUUUCUCGGCAGGUUGGAGAAGAUAAGAUGGUUCUAGAAAUUGGCCAAGCAGCGUUACAACUUGCUGAUGCUAAGCCAUAUAGUCAUGAUUUGCUUCUCUCCAUGACUCUAGCUGAAUGCUCAAUUGCAAAGAUUUGUUUCGAGAACAACAAGAUAUCUGAAGGCUUUGAAGCUCUUGCAUAUGCCUGUUACCUAUUAAGGAGCCACAUCUCUCUAGGGAAAAUGCCAUUACUCUCGCAGAUAGAAGAAUCCUUAGAGGACCUUGCACCUGCUUGCACAUUGGAGCUUCUGGGCCUGCCUCAUGUUCCUGAUAAUGCUGAAUGUAGACGUGGAGCAUUGGCAGCUUUGCAAGAACUGAUUAGACAGGGUCUAGAUGUUGAGUUUUCCUGUAGAGUUCAGGAUUGGCCUUGUUUCUUGAUUCAGGCUAUGAACAAGCUAAUGGCAUCUGAAAUUGUUGACCUUCUUUCUUGGGAUUCCUUGUCCAUUAAACGCAAGAAUAAAAAAUCCAUUGAGUCUCAGAAUCAAAGGAUUGUGCUUGAUUUUAACUGCUUUUAUUUGGCCAUGAUCGCUCACAUUGCUCUUGGAUUUUCAACACGACAAAAUGAGAUGAUUUCUAGAGCAAAAACCAUUUGUGAGUGCUUGAUUAUAUCAGAGGGAGCAGAAUUGAAAUUUGAGGAAGCUUUUUGCUCAUUUCUUCUUGGUCAGGGUGGUGGGAUGGAGGCUGUUGAAAAGCUUCAACAGCUUGAAGCAAUCAGAAGUUCCACCUCACGGAAUUCACUAUCCAGUUUGAGUGGAAUGGACAAGGACAAGGUCUUAGUUAACCAGGCACUGGAAACUUGGCUGAAAGAUGCUGCUCUUUCUCUCUUUCUGGAUACACACGAUUUCUCUCCUUCUAUGGCCAACUUCUUUGGGAGUCCAAUGCGAAUUCUUAGUGUUGGCAAGCAGAAAAUAGGAACCACAAAAUCACUUCCUUCUGCUGGCAAUCGUAUAUCAAAUUUUGGUCUUUUACCCGACCAUGGAACUUCUGUUGCGCAAGCUGCACACGAUAAUUUGACCAAUCAUCUGGACAAAGCUUUCAAACAUCUUUUAUCAGUUAACUUGCAGAGACAAAUGUCUGUAGGUGAUCCUACUGGUAAUAUUAGUCUGCCAUCUUCUCAGCUAAAGAGAAAUAUUGAUUUUCAUUCCAAGAGAUUCUGGGAAAGCUGGUUUAGCAAAGGAAAUAUGGCAGGAAAGAUUGCCCAUACUGCUCUUGUUGGAUGGAUCGUAUUUGGUGCAUUUAAGCUCCUCACUAUGCGAUCUGGUAAUUCUAACGUGCCAUAUGAAUUGAAGACAAGUCACCCUUGCAGUACUAGUCAAAUCACUGCUUCGAGUCAUCAUGGUAGUUGUGAUAGUGCAUCUGCUUUCGUAAAGAGGGAUCUAAUGGGUCAGCUACGGAAGUUUUGGGCUAUUUUCAGGGGAGACCUCAAGUGUACAAUUGGUGUUGGAAGUUUGCAGAAUACAUGGCCCACCGAUGAUCUUUCACGUUCCUCUGCUGUUGCUGCUGGUACUCAGGUACAUAGACGACAGAUGGCUAUUGAAGAAGCAGAAGCACUGGUGAAGCAGUGGCAAGAUAUAAAGGCUGAGGCAUUAGGUCCUAGUCAUCAGAUUCAGUUGCUGCCUAAUAUUCUUUCUGAAUCGAUUCUUUUAAAGUGGCAAGAAUUGGCAAAUUCAGCAAAAGCAAGAUCCUGUUUUUGGAAGUUUGUUUUGUUACAAACCUCUAUUCUGCAUGCUAAGAUAGUCUCAGAUGGAGGUGAUGAUGAGAUGGCUGAAAUCGAGGCUGUGCUUGAGGAAGCUGCUGAACUUGUUGAUGAUUCUGAGCCAAGAAAGCCGAAUUAUUACAGUACAUACGAAGUCCAUUAUAUCCUUAGAAGACAAGAAGACGGUUCAUGGAGAUUUUGUGGAGGUGGUAUCCAGAAUCAAAAUAUGACAUGAUGAGCUUAUCAAUCAGAUGUCCCAGCUGGUUUGGUUUAAGGCGUGGGUUGAUCAAUUCUUGCAUCCUUCUUCCUUCAGGAGUAACUACCGUAGGUUUGACUUUUUCAUUCUCAUGCGAUGAUGUGUCUUUUUGAUUCUUUAUCUCGUGCUAAUGUAAAGCAUACAGCCUUGUUCCCGUCCUUGUCCUAUUACCGUCUGUAUAUUUGCCGAGAAUAUAUGCUUUUACUAGAUCGGUGGUAUAUUUCCUUC